UGUCACCCGUGUCUGGGAGGAGUCAAUCUUGACGUACUGUACCAGGCACACGCGACCCAUCAUUCGCUGUUUGCUAUGCCGUAUCGACGCCGUUCCCCAUCAAGCUGUCCUUGUCAAAGUUGUCUUUUGCGUUGGGCGCGAUUCCCACCUGCAUGUCACUGCAGCUGCAUCCCUAGGCUUCUUGUAUACGUUGCUCCUUCCACAAUUUCAAGGUACUUGGACUUUUUCUCCUUCCUUUACCAACCAAACGCUCCUUUACUUUCUUUCGUACGAUCUUUCCCUCGGUUUGUCGUCGGUGUCUUAAUAGUCAAUCUGUAUCGCCCUACCCACCCUCUCCAACACCGCACCCCACUCUCCUCAAAUCGCACGGUUCAUGCUUUACGAGUUGGGUACGGAUCUAUUCUCUGGUCGGCGACGGGGCCAUUUUCUCGAGGCAAACUUGGACGUCUUUGUGAGGGAAUUACGGGGGCUGAGUGGUCUUUGGUUCGACUAUCUGCGCUUCAGGGUCUCUAGUAUUUUCGAGUGUCGAUCGCAUCACGAAUAGUCGAGCACUGCGAGAGUGUUGAUCCUGUGCCAGACCUGUUCAGAACAUCUGCGCAAAGGCGGCGCUGCAAGUCGACAUCCUGACUUCUUGUCGCUCAUUUGAACCUGCGGUCACGGGUGGCCACAGUCUUCAUCUUCCUUUUGACAAGGCCACCGCCAAUAGGCCCCGGUAUUCACUACCAUCCAGCCUCGAGGCGCAUUUGCAGGCAUCUUUGGAUAUUGUAUGAGGAAACACAAUCUGGCGAUUGGGAAAGGGUGGCAUCAGAAGAAAAGAAGGUUGUUCUAUUCGGCGCAUCAUAUCAGAAUACGAUUUGUGCGGAGGCCUGUUUCUACUUUCAUCACUCUGGCGCCGACGGACGAGUUGUCUUUCCUUAAAUGGACGGCAAUGACCGUCGACGUACGCAGUAUGGACAACCAUACCAGACGCCUGCGCAGUCGCGGCCUCUACCUGGACAACCCAUGGGCCCGCCCUCCGGCGACCGGUAUGCGCAGCCCACCACACCUGCGAGAAGCGACAUCGGCGGGUCUUCUUUGACACGACCGUAUCUCCCUGGCUACCCUGGGUAUAGUUUUCAAGAGCAGCAGUAUGGCACCACACAAAUACAGGGCGGUAGUCCAAUGCAAGGCGUGCAGAUGCAGUAUUCGCCCGCAUACAUACACGACGCUUCUAGGCAGCAACAAGUUCCGUCUUCACCUUCUCAACAGCAACAGCAACAGCAACAGCAAUAUACGCAGUACGGACCAGGUUCGAUGCUUCCGCCAGUCGGGCCUCAAUCGCUGUACGACAAUAUCCCAUAUCAGCAGCGACAGACAGCCCUCGAGGUGAUGGCCAGUCAAUUUGCAGUACCGCAGUACAUGCCACAGGGGGAACAUGCGGGACUAGGGGUCGGGUCCAGCUCAUCCCAGUAUCUGACAACUCAGCCAGAACAGAGCGUGUACGGUGGUGUGCCUGUAACGCGUGGCCCCUUGCACCAGCCUUAUCCUGGCGGGCAGGUGGACUUUCCUCAAGUGGAACAACAACCCGCGCAAGGGACAAUCGAACCGGACACUAAUCAGGAGGCACUGCGACAGGGGUUGAGAGACUACAAACAGCAGAUCAAGUCAACGUUCGACGACAUUGUUGCUGGCAGAGUGACAGAAGCCAGCGACAAAGUCCUUGCGGCCACACGUUGGUUAGUGGGCUCCGUGAGCGCCCUGGGCCUGCAGCAUGACGACGAGAGCAGUCAUGAAGAGCGCAUCGAGCUCUGGACAGAGUUAAAUUUAUGCUGGGAAGCUCUUGGCCAAAAGCAGAAAGAAAUCACAGAGGAGGCAUUACGGACAACGAGGCUCCCAGCAGACAUUCUUUCCGGCGAGACCAUCGCCCAUCUGGUAGAUGAGCUGGUCAACUUGUGUGAUCAACUAGAGCAGUACGGACUUGUUGAUUUCGAACUGGGCAUUUGGGAAGAGCAGAUCACCCACAUUUUCACCGUGUGUCUGGACCUCCUCCCUCGCAGUGGCCUUACUGGACAGACUGAUCGACUACAAGCUGGACCGAGCUGAACACAAUCCGCUCUGACGGCAUUUUGGGUACGACUCUACGACCAAAUUACUAAUAGCACCCUUUUCUUUGUACCCAGCAAGACUACCAUUCGAUGACUUUACACUUUGGGAUGAUAUAUGAUUUGUACGAGUACCACGUUUGUCCAAUCUGAACGAUUGUAUGAUUAUGAAAUCGAGACUGGAACAAAAUUCAGCUCACGACAAAAUUUGCAUGUCUAGGAUAUGCGGGAGAAUGUGGGCGGCGAUCUUGAGCCUUUGGCUGUUCCUUUUGUGUCCUGCAGGGGUCCGGGUCCUUUGCACGGAUCUAUAUAGAGAUAUGCGCGCAUUGUCCAAUAGUUGCAUGUGCUAACGGCUGGAAUGUUUCGGGCUUUUUCCUUGAGUCUCACGUUUAUGGGAGGAGGGAGGAUGCUGGAC